CCACACGUUCCAGCUGCGAAGUGGUGGUUGUUUAUUGAGAUUAUAGAUUCAAUGUUGUGGUUAGGAAGUAAAUUGUUACUAUUAGGCGGAAUUGGAUUGACAAUAUACAAUUUUACUUACUAACAUUAUGAUUUAUACACCUUUCCGAUAUUGGUUGCUUUUCCAUUAAAUUCGGAAGUGUUUUUAUUUAGUGAAUUAUGUCACUUAGUUGCAAUGGAAUAGAUGUGUACGGUGUAUGUAGACUCUGUGGUUCAGAAGAUGGAAUUAGAAUAAACAUAUUUGAGCCAGGUGCUGAACAUGUCAGAAAGAUUCAUAAAAUUUUGCCUAUUACAGUGAAUGAGCAUGACCCAUUUCCUAAAAAUAUGUGUCAUCUGUGUUCAUUUAAAGUCGAAGAGUUUUUUAAAUUCAGAACAAAUUGCAUCACGGCCCAAGAAACAUUCAAAAGUAAAAUCCCAUGGUUGAGGAAAAAAAAAGAAAUGACUACUCAUCUUAAUCAUGACAUUCCUCCAAUGGUCGAAGUUCCUUUGAAUUCAAUAAAUUCUAUUUCUCCAAAUGAAAAACAAAUGCACAUAAAAGUUCCUUCUGUUGAAGAAAAUGAGUCCCCGAUUGAAAUUGAAGAUGAUUCACCACCCUACCUAGCAUCACAUUCUGUUGUAACAAACAUUGAAACCGAUCAUAAUCAUGAAAAGAUAAUAAUGAAGAUAAGAACAUCUGAUAUAAAGAAAAAGUCAAAACGUAAAUCUAUCUGGGAUGUAAAGAAAAAGAAGAAAAAGUCAAACAAAACUAUUAGAAGUAAUGAAGUUUUUUCAUCUUCUUUAAAAGAUCUCAAUGUUGAUAGUGAAAAUGAUCCUCUUCAUCUACCCUCUGAUGAAAAUAAGAAUUUGAAAACGAGAUGCUCAGAAACGAAUCAUCGAGAAAAUAAUGUGUUAUUAGAAGAAAAGGCAGUUGAAAACAUAAACUUACCCAAAUACAUUUUAGUGACUAACAUACCUAGAGUGGGCAAUGUUUAUACAUGUGAACAUUGUGGACGAACAUUCUUAUCUCCCCAACCUGCCAGUUUACAUGUUUGUGAAACAAACUGCAACAAAAACAGUUUUCAAGAAGAAGAGAAGGUGUCCUCCAGUCCAAAUGAAUUCUACAACUGUGAAGAGUGUGACCAGGUGUUUACAAGGCAUUCACAGUUAAUCGCCCAUAAAAGAAAACAUGAAGUAUUUGAAAUUUCAUCUGAUGAUAACUUUACACCUUUCAACCAAAGAAAACGGCAUCAUUCGAAAAAGAAAACCAAGCCUAAACUUUUGGACAACAAAAAUUUUCAGUUGAGUUUCGAUCAGAUUGAGUCAACUGAGAUCAUCAAGCAUUCUCUCUUGUCUUCAGAUUCUGAUUAAGAGUUUAGUGCUAUCUAUAUAUUAUUUUGUGAUUUUAAGCUUUUGUGAAAUUAUGUUAAGUUUGUUUGUUUGUAAAAGAGUUUAUAUAAAAAUAAGUUUAUUAUUGA